GCCUCCUCUUCCAACUGCAUCUUCCGUGUCUUUUCUACCUUGGCCGGCUCCCUCAGAAUGGAGAGAUAUUGCCGCGCUGCUUCGGUUUCGCAUUUUGCCUUCUUUCCAUUGUCUGUCAUCUUGCCCGGCUUCAAAGUCAGAAUGAAGAGACUCUUGGGAAAAGGUCUUACGAGGCAUCAAUUGAUGACCGCAUCCAAGUUAUAUCUGCCUGCGGUCUGUUUGCUUUGUGCCGUAUGACCGUCUUUAUAUACUGAUCAUCAACAAACCUCAGUGACUAGGUAAUGCCACAAGGUUCUGGUAUGCCACGUAUCGG